UUUUUAUCUAAUCAAUUUGAAUGACAAUGUGGAAAAUAAACCUGUACCAUUGUGUGGUAUUUCUUUCAAGUCUAGGUCUAUAUCAGUCCUGUUGUCCAGAAGGAUGGGUAAAGGGAAGGUACUCUUGCUACUAUCCAAGUAGUGAAAGUGCCAGCUGGCAGGCGGCAUCGGCAAGAUGUCGGUCCAUGCAAAGUAACCUAGUGAUAAUUAAUGACUAUGAUGAAAAUCAUUUUGUAACUGGUAUGCUUAAAGAAUACAUUCAGGCAUAUAAACACAAUUUCUGGCUUGAUGGAACAGACGCUCAACAUGAGGGUUAUUUUCUUUGGUCCUCUACAAGGCAGCCUAUUUCUUACAAGAACUGGAAUGUACAUGAACCAAGUGGAGGAAACGAAAACUGUAUAGAAAUGUUAGUCAAAGAAUAUGCCAAUCUUGACACUAUUGGAAAGUGGAACGAUAAAAUUUGCUCUUAUCUGAAUCACUUUGUAUGUGAAAGGAGUGUUGAUGACCCAUGA